AUGAAUGAAGAAGAAAAAGUGUUCUUCAAAUUUACUGAAAGUAAAAUACUACUAAAGGAGUUUUGCGAAGAAUAUGUAAAAGUAAAGAAGAACGAAGAAUUACUUACACAGCAAAUGAAUAAAAUCCAACUAAAAAAUUACGAGCUGGAAAAUGAAAUUGAAAAAUAUAAAGAACUGAUAAAAAAUAUAGAAAGGAAAAAAGACAAAGAAAUGGAAAAUUACAAUUUUGAAUAUGACAUUAAAAUUAAAAAAUUAGCAAAAGAAAUGGACUUUUUAAAUUCUUGCUUAAAUAAGGAAAAAGAAAAUAACAAUUUGAAAGCAACAGAACUUAUAGGGCUAAAGUUAGAAAAUGAAAAAUACAAAAUAAAAUUAUGUAAUAAAAAAGAAAAUAAUAUUCAAGAAAAAGAUAAUACUAAACUACUUACACAAAGCAACAUUAAUGUGCUAAAUAAAAUAUAUACAGAUAUAAAUCAAAAAGUAGAAAAUAUAAUGAAACAUUUAAAUGAAACGAAAAAUAAUAGACACGAUAUAGAACAGAAAAUAAAAAAUUACCAAUCAGUUCUUAACGAAUAUUUAAAAAAAAUUACUGAGAUAAAUUUAAAAUAUGAAAAAUUUUAUAAAUUAUAUAAAGAGGCUCAUUUUAAAAACAUUCUAAAUAAAUCAAAAAAUAAACUUCUCAAAUGUCAGAUAGAAGAAUUAAAAAGUGAAAAUAAACUCCUAUCAAAUCAAAUUCUUACAUUAAAAAAAAGUAUUAACAGUAUCGAUGUAGAGAAAACGCAAUAUUAUCUAUUGCUAAAAAAAGCAGAAAAAAAAAACUUGUUCUUUUAUCAUAAAUUUGACGUAAAUAAAAUGUCACAGGAAAGUGAAAAGGAAGCAAAGCAUGCUCAACAUGAUGUCAACCAAGUUACCCACAUUUCAUCUGAUACACCACAAAAGAUAUCGCACCAUUCUAACAUGUUAGAUAAACAGGUACAAGAUAAUACAAUUCAUAAAAGUCCAAAAGAAUUCAACAAAAACACAUCCAUUUAUAAAUACAGACAAAUGAACACAAAUAAAUCAUACCGAUCAGAUGAAUUUAAUAUAAAAAAAGAGAGGAAAAGGAAAAAAAUCCUCUUCUUUUCAGAUAAUGAUUAUGAUAAAAGGAAAAAAAGGAAAAAUCAAAUGUCGAAUGCAGAAACUAGUGUGCACACCACAUUAAUUUAA